CGAACCGCCAUCGUCUAGAUCACUCCAUCAUUGUCCACGUUGUUUAGAUAUUGACCUUCUGACGGCUAGAGCAGCAUUGCAAUCAAUGUUACAAUGCGAAGAGUUGUGGCGCGAAGGCUGUUGCCGCGACAGGACGUCUGCCUCUUCUGCGCCUUCGGACAUGGCCUUGAGCUGCGUGCUUCCAACGCCAUCCGGCCACAGCGCCGGCUGUAUAGAUCAAGUACGGCUUCACAGCGUCCUGCCGGAGCGGCGGCGGCACGUAUAGAGGAAGAUGAAGACGAUUUGCCUUCGCCGGCUCCUGUUAGAGAACUACUGGGCUGGAAAUGCCGUUGCAACCAUGUCAAUGCACCUCGCAGAUCUGAGUGUACGAUAUGUAUGACUGCGCGCCCGCAGAAGCCUGAGCUCGUCUACAAAGGAGCCAAAUCGCCUCCUCCUUCCACGCCACGUCCUCUGAUUCCAGCAAGAGCUCCCUCGUCCGCCAACCUCGCAGACGCCAGCGCACACAAGCCACAAGCCCCUGAAAGCCUCAAAAGAUACGACGCAGUCGCCGGGCGCCCAAGUCGACAGCCCCAGUCGAACACGAACACCGUUCUUGAACAAGCCUCUGUAAACGUCAGAUCGCAGCAGUCUCUGAUACGGUACGGCCACAGAAACGGACCAAUCAUAAGAGAUAGAGGCGGCUACAAUGCCCGAGACAGGGACAAUCAGAGGUCAACGCCAGAGGAGGGACCAAGGAUUAGAUUCACUGGACUCACGCCCGGUUCUCAGGCAAUGGAUGCCCCUUUGGACCGGCAAGCAUCGCAACCCGGAAACCAUGGUUUCGCUCGCCGGCCGGUUGUCGGAAUGGAGGGUCGACCACCUGUUAGGAAUGAAGAUGUGCGUGGUGGAGCUCUGGCAAAUAACGGGCAACAGCGAAGAACCGACUGGAGACUCGAUUCUGCCGUCAACCCUCCAUUUCCAGCUCGAACCAGGACUCCCGAUCUCGCGACCAAUUCCCGGAUUGGUUCCGCCAUCACUCCAAUGAACCGUUCCAGAUCUAGCGACAGAUCUUCUCCAAACGAGUCUUUCUCGGGUAUGUUUAACGCGAGAGAGUCUCGUGGAGGGCCUCAAAGGAGAGAUCGGCCAUCACAGGAGGCUAAAGCAGCUUGGCAACCCAUGAUAGAUCCAAAUGCUCGGAGGCCCGACCCCAAAAGCAUAGCCGGAGGGCCUGUCCAUCGAGAACUUCCAAGUGACGAGAUUGGUGACGUUUCCGAAGUCGCGCCGCCGAGCGAGACGGGGGAAGACUGGUCUCCACGCAAAACGAGGGCAGAGAAGGAACGUGAUCGAAGAAGCAAGAUAUACGACAUCGAAGAAGGAGAACCAGUCUAUACGUCGCAGACAGGCCGCACUCCAUCCGGGAAGAGGCGGCCUGCUUACAGGAACAGUACGCCAGCCUUCGAUCCAGAUAUGGUCGAGGAUAUUCUGGAAGGGAAGAGGCGAAAGAGAAAAUCGAAACACGCGAAAGGCGUGGAACAACAGCGUCCCGAGAUUCAAAUACCGGAGUUCAUCACAGUGGAGAAAUUGGCUCAAGGCCUUAAAGUGAGGCUGCCAGAGUUUCUGGUUAGACUGGAGGAGGAAGGCUUCGAAGGAGCUAGGUAUGAUCAUGUCCUGGACUCGGGCACUUCUGCGAUGUUUGCAGAAAUUUAUGGCUUUGAGCCUAUCGUUGACACCGUCGAUGAGUCCCGCGAUCUGGUAGCUCGACCGCCAGCAGAAGACCCAUCAGUGCUCCCGCCACGUCCGCCGAUUGUCACAAUCAUGGGACACGUCGACCACGGAAAGACAACCAUUCUUGAUUAUUUCAGAAAGUCAAGCGUGGUAGCUUCAGAACACGGCGGGAUCACACAGCACAUUGGUGCCUUUUCUGUUGUCAUGCCCGGAUCAGAACGCAACAUCACGUUUUUGGAUACCCCUGGCCACGCCGCAUUUCUAGAUAUGCGUCGAAGAGGAGCCAAUGUGACAGAUAUUGUGGUGUUGGUGGUUGCCGCAGACGACAGUGUCAAAGCACAGACGAAGGAAGCCAUCAAACACGCACUCGAAGCAAAUGUCGAGAUUAUUGUGGCGAUCAACAAAAUCGACAAGGAUGAUGCCGAUAUUGAAAGAGUUAAACGAGACCUAUCAGCACACGACGUUGUUGUGGAAGACUUUGGUGGCGACUUCCAAGCUAUCCCAGUCAGUGGAAAGACAGGCCAAGGCAUGGCCGACUUGGAAGAAGCGAUUCUGACAUUGGCGGACGUUCAUGACUUCAGGGCGGAAGUCGAUGGCCAAGCGGAAGGUUGGAUCAUAGAAUCCAAAGUUGGCGCAUCUGGUCGGGUCGCGACUGUCUUGGUCCGGCGCGGCACACUGAGGCCAGGCGACUUCAUUGUUGCUGGCACUACUUGGGCUCGUGUUCGAACUUUACGGAAUGAUGCGGGCCAGCUGAUCGAAGAAGCCCCUCCUGGCACGCCGGUGCAGAUUGACGGCUGGCGUGGAGAUGAUCCAAUGGCUGGUUCUGAGGUGCUGCAAACCGCGGACGAGCAGCAAGCCAAAAAUGCCGUUGCAAUACGACAAGAGAAAGAAGAAUCCGUCCGUGCCAUUGGUGAUAUGUCCGCAAUCAAUAAUAGUCGUACUGAGGAGGCUGAAGCACGAGCCAAAGUCCUUGAGUGGGAGAAAGAGCAGGGAUAUAUGAACAUGAAAGCAUACCGGCGGCCCAAGGACAACGAAGGUUGGGUCGAGAAAGAGUCUUCCGGACCUCGACAAGUGCAUUUUGUCAUCAAAGCCGACGUUGCUGGAAGUACCGAAGCACUGGUUGCCGCUGUUGGUGCCAUUGGCAACAAGGAGAUUGUGGCGAAUAUCAUCCACAGCGGUACUGGUGAGCUGACGGAGUCGGACAUCAAGCUUCUCGCUGCUACCGGAGAAGUUGGAUAUGCCAUCACCUUCAAUCAGCCAAUCGACAAUGGUAUUCGACGGCUUGCAGAAGCGGCGAAUUUGCAGAUUCUCGACCACAACAUCAUCUAUAAGGUGACGGAUGUCGUGGCGGAGAAAUUAUCAGACGAGUUGCCGCCGAUCGUCUCCCAUAAGGUCCUUGGUGAAGCGGAAGUCGGGGACAUCUUUGAGAUUACUGUCAAGAAAGCCAAGGUAAGGAUUGCGGGAUGUCGAGUAACCAACGGAACCAUUCGCCGCUCGGAGAAGAUCCGGGUACUGAGGGAUGGCGAAGUGGUCUACACUGGUAUGCUCAACUCGUUCAAAAACAUCAAGAAGGAUGUGACAGAAAUGCGCAAAGGCUCCGAAUGCGGCAUGGGCUUUGAAAACUGGGACGGCUUUGAAGUGGGUGAUCAGAUCCAGUCCUUUGAGGAAAUUAAAGAGAAGCGGAGUCUGUAUUAGCAGCUGUACAAUAUCAGCAAUGUACAAUAAGAUGAAACGAGACAUGGAAACAUUGGGCGCAUGAUGGCGGUUGAGCGGCAAAGACACGAGACUGAAGCGUCUCUCGGUCGCAGUGAAUCUCAGCCAAUCAAUCCUCGUUGCACCUCGAGCCUUGGCGACAGUCUCUGACACUCACCACUUGCGUCUCGCAUCUCCAUCACCAAC